UUUACAUCCAGUUAGCAUGCACAAGAUUUAACCAUCAUCCUUCGUCUUUAAAUCCGCCAUGAUGCUUUAAAUCCGCAAAACAUUCUGAUACCAUUCUUGCUCCUUGGUCGAAAGAAAAACGGCAAACACAUCAAGCUACGUACUCUGGCUGGCAACACAUCAAGCUACGUACUCUGGCUAGAAAUGGUAGCUAGCUAGUACUAGGUCAGCGAAGCCGGCGGAGGGAAAGCUUCAAUUGCAAGGGGAUGAUUGAUUGCAUCAUCUCACAAAAAUAAAAGCGCAAGUCGUCGAUCGAUCUGCUCUACUUCACCACACUACUUCUACCGUACCAUGAAGAUCUCACCCUUGUUUGCUGUGCUCAUGACGAGCCUCUUGGCCACGGUGAGUGGUGACAUGCUUGACUUUGAUGAGGGAAGCGGGGACCCGGCUGCUGGAGCAAACCCCUUUCUCGGUUUGUGGGAGGGCCUUGACACAUUCGAUGGCAGCAUCAUUCGUUAUUCCAUUACAUGCGAUGGGGAUACUUGCGACGUUCGCGGCAGCGACUCGUACCGCAGCGACCUUGAUCCUGAUGGUGACUUUAUCUGCGAGCCCACAGGCCGUUUCUUGUCGUACGGCGAAGGCACGGUGGAUGGCAAUACACUCACCAUCCCGGAGACCACCUUUGCUUGUGCCGAGUCUCCUGGGGUCGAAAUCUACCAAGAGGGAGACUACCUCGUUUACGACGAAAUGAACAAGGUAGCCACCAUCAUGACUACAGAUACAGGAUACCGUUUCCCGGUUAACCUCCACAAGAUCAGCUGCAACUAGACGAGCUGCUAUGAUAGCUACGAGAGUGGUGAUGGAUUGGCCCUUUUUAUUGGAGGAGAUUGACAAAUCAACUGUUCCCACGGUUGGUUCGAAAAGAGCGAACUGCAGACUUUCGCUGAGUGACCGACUUUCGCUGGGUGACCAUUGUAGUAAUUGACUAACUCUAGACUAGUAGCGUACCCUUCUAAGCU